AUGCCUGGCGUUCCGAAAAGUAGAGGCUGUAACUCUUGUCUGAAGCAGAAGAAAAAGUGUGACCAAGCCAAGCCAGCUUGCUCAAGAUGUGCUCGACUUGAAAUCCCAUGUGUCGGUUCAGGUGAACAGAAAUAUGUCUUCAAGCCCGUAUCAUUCACCAAGCCAUUUAAGACCAGCUUCUCAAAACCACGAAAGCGCGAGACGCCCGCUCAGGUAUCCAUUUCACAUAAGCCUCAAAGCCCAUUAACUCUUCUGCAAGCCAAACUUGUUGCGGCUCUGGAAACAACAGACCUGCGAUAUGGCCUCAGCUGUUAUGGAGAUUUUCUAGAGCAUAUUCCGCCAAGGCUUGGUCAUAGCCAUGCUCUCGAUGCUUCAGUUGAUUUGAUGAUGAGUGCCUUGCCUUAUCAUUAUACACCUGAGAUCCCAUCUCAGGUUCUAGCCAAGUAUGGCAGCAGUUUGAAAGUAUUGAGGGAUACACAAAACGAAACAGGUACAAAGCUCAGUCCCGAAGACGUUGCAGCCUUUCACAUCAUGAUGAUAUGCCAGAGCUGGCUAGGACAAACAGAUAAUGGCUUGAAGAGCCAUGAUAAGCAAGUCCUUACACGUUACUUGGACACCGUAACAGAAAAAGGCUGCAGUAUCACUUUUGAGCUUCAAUUACUAGAGACCUCAUUAGUAGCUCUAUUCUUUGAGGCUCUUGUUGAUCCACGCAUCGAGUUGGAACGUUAUGUCAGUCGGCUGCGCUCACAAUCACGCCAAAACGAGUACGAUAGUAAUCCAGAUUCUAUUUCUGGAUACUUUCAAGUACAAAGACUACUCAGGAUACCGAGAUUUAGGCAAGAACCUCUGCGUUAUAUGGAGGAAAUCAAAAUCACAUAUCAAGAGCUACAGGACGAUCAUGCCAGAAUACUGCACCACCUCGAGAGCGUUAUCCACAGGCUUAAUGUCACGGAAGCUAUCCUUCUCAUGACAGCACUAGCUUUGAACAGCAUACUGCGAGCAACAUAUCCAGAUGAUAGCGUCUUACUCUUGGAGGCAUCGACGUUGGCGAACGAACUUAUCGCCCUUGCCAAAGGGGUAUCCCAAUACAGACCUCUUGGUGCCAGCUAUAUCCCACCAUGCCUAGUAGCUGCAUGGGCGACUACGAGUGCUUUGGAAACCCAGAAAAAUGAGAUUGAGAGGUUGUUCGCGGAAUAUCAGCACGAUUAUGCUCGCAUAAAGUGGAUGGAUCAGGCUGUAUCACUGAAGGUUCUACAUAGGACGCUGUUGGAACGAAUAUCUGGACCGAAUACUCGGGAUAAAGUCGAAAAGUCUGAGAACGAUAGAAAUCUCAAGAUGUUGAUAGUCCAUUGUAAGGCAGUCUUUGGGUCCAUUGGUAGCAGCUUCUUCCCGUCAAGCUGA